AUGGCUCGGCACGGUUCAAGCGACCAUGAAGCAUACCUGUCGGAUACUAAGCAGACGCAACGCUCUAUCGAAAGGCCGAGAGGCCGAAAAUGGGUUUAUAUGACCAUCGGCUUCUGUCUCUUGUGGGUGGUGACGGGGAUUCUGGCUCUUAACCUCUGGUUAAAACGGCCUCCAGCCAACUUUAAGCCUGAGACCCUAACUAUUGGGGUGAAGACAACUGCAGGCGGCCAGCGAAGCGACAGCCUUGUUCUAGAACCACCUGUCGCGACUUAUAUUCCCGGAGAUAGUCUCGUUAAGGCUGAAAGAUUCGUGUUGGACUCGACUUGGGAUGCCGAGGCACCCGCAACGACGCGCAACUUCUCCCUAUCUUUGGAGUAUGUCAUAUCAGAUGUUGAUGGCUUUAACAGGACCAUGAUUGCAAUCAAUCACUUCUUUCCGGGGCCGGUGAUCGAAUGCAAUGUCAACGACACGGUUCGUAUCAACGUUACCAAUAAUCUGGCUGAGCCUACAUCGAUCCAUUGGCAUGGAAUCUACCAAAGAGGCACACCCUAUAUGGACGGUGUGACUGGAGUCUCGCAGUGCCCGAUCCCGGUGGGGGAGAGCAUGUUGUAUGAGUUUGUCGUAAGCGAGGAAUGGGGCACUUACUGGUAUCAUUCGCAUUAUGGUUCGCAAUACAACGACGGGGCGUUCGGUGCGUUUAUUGUCCAUUCUAGCCGUGAGCCGUACCGUGACCAGUACCAGGGCGACAUGAUUAUCUUUCUAAGCGAUUGGUACCAUACCUUCUCCAACAUUCUAACAGCCAAGUACCUAAACGCUACGGGGGUUGUCUAUGCACCAGUCGCGAACGGUAUCGACCACGAGCCCAUCCGGCCGUGCAACGAGACCGAGUGUUUUGAGAACGUUUCAUCGAGCAAUUACACCCAGCCGGGUCUACCUACCUCUGUGUCUGAGCCCAAGCCAGACUCUGUCCUUCUCAACGGUCUGAACUUUUGGAACUGCUCGUCGUCAUCCGGAGAGGGCUGCAAGGGAGGCCGCUUCACCGCCAGCGUGGAUGAGGGCAAGACGUAUCGUUUGCGGCUCAUCAACAGUGGUGCAUACGUAACUCAAAUGUUCACCGUGGAUAACCAUCUUCUGCAGAUUAUCGAGGCAGAUGGCAACGAUGUCGACCAGCAAUCCAGCACGUUGCGACAAGGGAUCAACAUUGCACCCGCGCAGCGCUAUUCGGUCCUAAUUAACGCAACUUCCCCGGUCGGAAACUACUACAUGCGGACGAGGAAUGCGCUGAACUGUUCAUUCGCGCUCGAGAAUUUCGCAAAUGCCCCAGGGUAUACGGGCGACGCCCUGGGAGUGCUGCAUUACGCGGGAGCAGACAACACGACCGCAGCGACGGCCGGAGAGCAGUACUUGUCCACCACUCAGGACUACUGUCUUGAUCCUGACCCACAGGAGCUGAAACCGUACUGGGGGCCAGGGACGCUCCCGGAAGCCCAAGUCACCAACAUUGUAUCCUUUGGCUUCUAUCAAGCCGGAGCGUCACAGCGUAUCUUUGUUAACGCGACAUCGUGGGUGCCGCUCCUGGGAGAUGCCACGCUUCUUCAGGCACAGAGAGGUCUGAGAUCCGGCUCCCUAGUGGAGGGUGGAAUCACCUACAACUACCCUCCGUCGCAGUUCGUCGUGACCAUGGAGAACGCAACGUGGGCCCAGCUGGUCAUUAACAGUGGGAGUAACGAUGCACACCCGUUCCACCUGCACGGGCAGUACUUCAACGUGGUCGGGACUGGCACCGGCACAUGGAACAGCUCGAUCGCACUCAACACCACCAAUCCACCACAGCGAGACACCGCCGUCGUCCCUCCAUCCGGCUGGAUCGCCAUCCGCUGGUACGCCGACAAUCCGGGACUGUGGCUUCUGCACUGCCAUUUUUCAUGGCAUCUGAGCAGCGGCCUCAAUAUGCAGUUCGCACAAGUCAGUAGUCAGCUCGCCGCUCUUGACAUCCCGUCGCCCGUCCAGAGUCUCUUGGAACACCAGUGCGCUACCAUCCGGGACAUCUACGGCGACGGAACUACCGUGGUGGGUAUAGGGAAGUGA